CACGUAGUUCCCGAACAGCUGGUUGCUAGGCGACGCAUAACGGCGCUCCUCACUCCUAGCAUCAUAUUUUCCUCCGUAUUUUCCCUGAGUCAUUGUGUUAACACCGGCGGUCUCCUGUUUGGGUUUCGACGGCUCUCUGGAUCUUGUCAGGUCCCUCUGAUGAAAAUAUUCGACGACGUUUCAAAAUGACUGAAGUGGCUCCAAGCUGCACUGAGAUGACAGCGCUGGCCCCUCCUCCUGCACCGCUGAUCACCAGCAGGAAUGCAUCUCCUGCUCGAUCACCAUCCAGUCACAACAGCCUUCCAGAGAAGUCGGAGGUGCUGCGGGAUAAGGAGCGCCGUGCGCAGCAGCAGCUGGAUCGCUGCGCCGAGGAGCGAGGGAGGAAGAUGGAGGUGCAGAAGAGGAAGGAGCAGCAGCGCCGGGCGGCAGCCGAGGAGAAGAGACGGCAGCAGCAAGAAGCAGAGAAGGAGAGGCUGGAGGCCCUGGUCCGCCGGAGAGCCGGAGGCAAGAGAUACACAUGUCACCUUGAACGCACCAAGGCCGCUGACAUAAACGCAGACAAAGUGCGACACGAGGCUGCUUGCUGUGCCGACAUCCGUCUCUCAGUUUGUGUCUUUCUUCGGUAUCACACCGUCCUCGUCUUUUCUGCGAUAUCUCUGCCGUCAUGUCGGCCGCCAGCUAAGCUCUACAUCCUGCGGUGCUUUCAUAACGCCAUCAAUUAUUCACAGUAUCCAUCAGCCCGAGCCGUCCUGGCACUGACCCGGGUUCAGGGUCCACCCAGCAGCCGGCCUGGCUCCGGCCCGGCUGACUGGCAGAGAAGCUGCUCUGGGAUCUGUCGGGCCCAGCAGAACGCUCACUGCAGCAGAAACAGCAGCAGCAUCUCAUCUUACAGUCCCACUCGAUUAGAGGACAGAGACUCACUAAAGAUGCAAAGACGACGCAGGUGUACGAGUGUGUCUGAGGUGUGUAACGCUUUGCUUUCUCCGCUCUGCUUCACCUGCUGCCCAGGUAACCCUAAGACCCCGCCCUGCCAUGCCAUUGGCUCCGCUCAGCCCAAUGGGCUUCCUGCUGCUUCCAGCGCCAGCCAAUCCCGUAACGUCAGUGACUUCCUGUCUCCACCCGGGAUGGAUCAGCCAAUCAACAAACAGCUCUCGAACUCUUCAGCCGCCCUCCAUUCACCAGAGAGAGUGUCCUUUGUGUCCCAUCGAACAGCUUCCCCCAACAACCACAGACCAUACAGAAGUUCCUCCAACCGCAGGAGCAUCGCUGGACUUCCUGAAGAGGCGUCCAAAGCCAAAACACCCACGAGAGCCACCACCCCCGGCACCGAUGACAGGGGUCACACUGAGCUCAAAAGUCAGGGCACCCUUGAGAAGAAAUCAACCAAAUCUGAGGCCUCUGAGAAAAAGAUCCCCAAAUCCACCAGCAAAGAACUGAAUGCAGAGUCUCCAGGCACGCCCACAGGCAGGAGUGUUGGCGGGACGAAGGAUGCUGAGGAGGCGUCCAGACUGCUGGCAGAGAGACGACGUCUGGCCCGACUACAGAAGGAGCAGGAGGAGAGACAACGGCAGGAGGAUGAGAGGCUGAGGGCGGAGGAGGAGCUGCGGAGGCAGCAAGAGGCGAAAGAGAGGCAGGAGAGAGCUGCACUGCAGGCCGAGGAGGAGCGGGUGAGGCGGGAGGAAGAGAGGAGGAACAAGGAGGAUGAGGAGAGACGGCAGAAGGAGCAGAGAUGGAAGGACAUGCAGGAUCAGCUGGACCGAGAGAGGGAGGAGGCCUUCCUGCGAGCCCAGAAAGAGGCAGAGAGGAAGAGGCAGGAAAGAGAGCUGCUGCACAUCCAGGAGGAGCAGGAGAGACUGCAGAGGAAGAAGAGAAUUGAGGAGAUCAUGAAGAGAACCCGGAAGAGUGAAGUCGAGCCUCUGUCUGGUGUUGCAGCGUCUGACAUGAGGCCCGAGGCUGCGGUUCCCUCAGAGGAGGACGCCCCGACUCCAGCCGAAGCCCCCGUCAUGCUGGGACCCCUGGAGAACAAGAGCUUUGUGGACGAGCUGUCUGACGGAGUCCAGUCCAUGGACGUCAGUCCUGUGUCCAGGGACGAGCAGCCGAGCGCUCAUGAGUUUUCACCGCUCACAGAGGGGACAGACGGCUGCCCCCUGGAGCACCUGAUGGAGCUGGAUGCCCACGCUCGUGGACAGCGACAGGGCGGGGAAACGCCCCCCUACCCUAAACUGCAGGCUGGCAGCGGGGUCGGAGACCUCAACAAGAACCUGCUGAUUCAAGCGUACAGCGCCGCCUCUGAAACCUCCCAGCUCAUCCACAGCGUCGGCCCGAGCAAGCUGGACGUCCAGUAGCCAGGGCUUUUUCAGGAGCACGCACGUUCUGUAGAAACAGGAGGAACCGACCAAGAGACCGCAACAACAACAAUCAUUUCCACACAGGAACAAAUGCUGAACAACUAAUUUCACAUCUGUAUUACCAAACAUCGCAUAACAGUUAAGCUUCUGGCCACAUUUUAAGGCAGUGCAAAUGGGCAAUUAUGACUCUCACAAACACAACACAGUUUCACAAAAUCAUGUAAAUCAUGGGAAGUAUAUUUAAGACAUGGUUAAAUGACAGAAAAGGGAGUGGAAGCAGCAUUGUUGCAUGUUUGUCAUAUGGAAACAUUUAGGAAAGUGAAACAACUGUAAACUAAGGAAACACCUUGUUCAUGUUAUAAAACUUAACAUUAUAAGGCAGGAGUUGAGGAUUCAGGGCCGAUGCCCAAAUCCGCACACAUCAAGUUACCUUUUAAUGUACAGACUACAUUUAUUUUGCAUUUCAGACAACUCACAAAAUCCCCCGUCAUCGGACUUAAUCUUUUAAUGACCAACUCUCUGAAAUCAGACCAUCUCCUCCACGUCUGUUCCCGUUGGAGCCGGCAUUGCCCAGCUGCACUGCCGCAAAAUAUCACUCAAGUUAUCUCCCGCUUUAGUCUCUCAUCCUUGCUUUUUGUAAAACUCUGUAAAUAAAUCUGACUGGUUGGAGGAGUCGGGGAGCGGCUCUGUAGCAGUUUAUCUGGAGGGGAAGCCGUAAAACACACACUGUUGUGUGAAUCCUGUGUAGCAUCUCCAGUAAGGACUAGCUAGUUGAGCUGUUAAUGGUUGUAGCCGUGUACUUGAACAGUGUGUGGCAGUUUCUCUCUUUCUGUCAGUGUUUCUGAUGGUUCCUGUGUGUUUAGCUCACCUCUGACCUGCUCUACCGCUGACAGCGACACCUACUUCUGUAAAAAAAAAAAAAGAAACAGUCUGCUGUAGAUUUCCUGCCGCCCUGACGCUGGAGAAAAAAACCCCAUCACCGACUGAUAUUAUAACCCCGCUGAUUACGCGUUAACACUUAGCCUGUCGCUUUGGUUUUUCCGCUGCUCGUCACUUGAUCAGUGGAUGUUUUGUGGAGGUGCAACAAUCCACAGCGAGGACAUGAAAAAAAACCUGGGCCGAGGGAGAAAAAAAAUAAUAUGUCAAUGUCCUGUAUUUUUAUCUGCAGGUCGGGAAAAUGUUGACACAGUGUGUUGUGUAUAUGUCCGGCACUGACUGUAACCACGCUAGCUGCAGUUUAUAGUGUGCACUUACAGUAGUUGUGUGUUUCACUGCUCUGAAGACGCUUCUAUCUCCACCUCAGCUCACCCCCACCCCCCCACCAACUCAAAUAUACCUCACCAAUUCAGAACUGAGUCUGGUGUUAAACAGCUCAUCACCUCUGAGGCCUUAAACCUCUGUGCAGUCAAAACAACCCGUCUUCUGUGCUUUUCCUGUGGCUCAUCCAGCAUGUGCACUUUUGCUGUUUUAAAGGCUCUUUUCCACCAAAAGAUCUUGGAAGGAACGGUAAUAAGAACUACAAAUAUUCUUUGAGGAAGUCUGUGUUGAUUGCUGCACCUAAUCAGGCACGUCAGAAGGACGUGAGGGGAUACAAUUGCAGGGCCUUAGCCAGGAUUGUAUAAAUACUGAGGUAAUAAGUCCAAACUCCCCCAGCUAAACACCACCCACCUUAAACAAAAUUGGCCAGUCACUAACCAAACUCUUUACAAUUUUCUGUGUAUUUAGGGAAAAUCAUUUUCUAUUUAUUCAACUGUUCCAUUAUAUUUAUUCUAAAUUAUAUAUCCAUCCUUUAUGGUCUGGUGCCAGGUUUAUCAUUCUGGUGGAGUAAACUAAAUUCCUUUUCUAUUAGGACCGGCCACCAACCAAACUCUGUACAUUUUUGUUGAGUAUUUAAGGAAAAUCACAUUCUAUUUUAUCUAUUCAAAUAUUCAUUUGGAUUUCUUUAAAUUUGACCUCCCUGCAUUAUGUUUUGGUGCCUGAUAUGUCAUUCUGGUGAAAAACACUUUUAGUUUUUCCAGUGUAAUGCUUUGAGUUUAUUUAGCCUAAAAAUGUAAAAAAGAAAGGUGAUAUGUGAAUUUGGAAAAUCACAUACUGUUUAUUUAACUGCUCAAUUAUAUUAUGGUUUGGUGACAGGUAUGUAAUUCUGGGGAAUAAUACUACAUUUAAUUUUUGAAUUCAAUGAAUGCAAUUGUUCUGCCUCAAAACAAAACAUUUUUGAAUCAGCCUUAAAAAAAAUACAAAGUGUAGUAUAAUAAAACGCCUCUUCAUGCCAUUAUAAACCUUCCAAAUCUCCAGAAAUAAUACUGAGGUCGGUCUACAAUUUAACACCUUUGUUGCGCGCAAUGGAUGCAUAUUUCUAUAUAAAUCUGUUUAACUUGUUCACCUGAAGGUGGCAAGUAAGCUGGUGGUAGUGAUGAUGGUGCAGAGUCCUAACGUCCUAACAGCUUAUUUCUGCGCCUGUAUGUUAAUGCAAGCAUGGCUGAAAGUAUGAUCUCAGUCGCAGGGACUUUCUGGGUGGGUGGGAAUUGUUGAAAAGGAAUCCAAGUUUGAACCAGGUUGGGGAAAGGUGGCUCUACUGCUCCUCCAAGGUGCCACAUUAAGAGGGGGAAAAGUGUUCUCAAUCACUGCUGCAACCUUCAGCACUUUGUUUUAUGUUUUUUCACACCUGCCGGCUUCCCUCUCUCCAUGUUAGCUCCUUAUUCCUCCAGAUUCUGCUGAAGCUCAUCGUAAGAGGGUCUCCGGGGGUUCCCUUGUAUAUGAAGUAAAAAAUAAAGGACAUAAUGUUUAUCCUAAUAUUACUGUGACACUGCAGCUUGGUGGAAUAUAUCAUUGUAGAUGUGGUGCAUGGUUAACUGCUGAAAAAGAACAAUAAACUUCAUCAAGUCAUUUGUGUCAGUGAGCUGGAUAAAUAAACAAAUGUUUUGGGUUGAGGAUAUGAAACGAAGGGAAAUGUUAGAAAGAUUCAAAACUGUAUGAGAUGUUUAAUCUUUGACAUUCAUAACAAGUGACUUAUGAAAUGACAAAUGUAGUGUAGGGCUAAUGCAGCCACUUUUAUUUACCAUUUUAUCUCACUGUGUGUUACAUUUGCGCUUCACCGAAAUUAAAACUGAUCUG